AUGGGUCUGCUGCUGGAUGCGCUAAUAAGGAUGCACGGUCGGCACAGAGACAUGCUGUGGAGCUUGCUGAGGACUUGGUUCCUGGCGAGGACAGCGUGCAACGUCCUGCGGCCCGCCGUAUGCGGAGUCCUGUCCCUGAUAUUCGGUGCUUACCACCUGGUGCGGAUGUGCCUGCGCAUCGCGACCGCGGUCUGCCUCAAGGGACACUCGGUGCUCGAGGUCAAGGAGAGGACGGAAGAGCCGGAGUGCCUCAGGGAUCCUGCCCUGGGAACUCACGAGUUCGUCACUUUGAAUGAUGGUGUGACGUUGCACUAUGUUUCUGCCGGAAGCCGAGACAAGCCCUUGGUUGUUAUGCUCCACGGUUUCCCCGACAUUUGGUACACGUGGCGCAAGCAGAUACCCGAGCUCAAGAAAAACUACUGGGUCGUCGCACCAGACAUGCGAGGGUACGGACAGUCUUCGAAGCCAUCCAAUGUUAAGGAAUACCAGAUGCCCUACCUAGUAGAAGAUCUCAGAGGCCUCAUACAUUCGUUGGAGAGGAAGAAGGUGAUUCUAAUUGGCCACGACUGGGGCGCCAUCGUUUCGUGGUGCUUCGCCAACAAGUAUCCAGAUGUGGUCGACAAGCUGGUCGCCAUCAACGGAGGCCACCCGGACGCCCUGAGACAGCUUCUCAAGACAAGCCCCGCGCAGAUGUUCAAGUCGGGAUACGUGAUCGCCUUCCAGUGUCCCAGAUACCAGAAUUAUUGGCUCACGUGGACGACUUUCGCGCAAAUGACGCGCGUGCACACACACUGUGACGAUUUACAGGAAGUCACCUCCGUGCUGCAGUACGCGUUCUCGAAACCAGGCGCCAUGACAGCGGCAGUCAACUACUACCGUGCCGCCUACUCCAAGGAGCGGCGGCUCAGCAACGCUCAGUACCGCCGACUCGACGUGCCCACGCUCCUACUGUGGGGAUACCCGAGAUCCGUACCUGACACCACAAGUGGCCGAGCUGAGCCGGCACCACUCGUCUAA